GCCAUGUGUUUGGGACGAUGCGGUGAAACAUUGACCAUGAAAUUACGCUUAGAAGCUUUCCGAAAUCUCUUACGGCAGGAUAUCGGGUUCUUUGAUGAUCUCCGACAUGGUACGGGAAAGCUCUGCACGAGAUUUGCCACAGAUGCGCCGAAUGUUCGAUAUGUAAGUCUGUUGCACAUAGUGGGCGGAGCUUAG